UGGUAGUGUAACUAGUUUGCUGUGGAUGGGCAGAUUAACAGUGUGGUCUGUGAGCCAUGUAAUUAAAAUAGCCACUAUUUUAACCAUUUUUCUCAGUUUUGCAUAAAUUAGAUUGUGAACCUUGGCAGUCCCUGUUGGACCUGAAAUAUCCUUGGACUUCACUCUAUUAAUGCUCAAGUUAUAGGGGGUGAAUUAACGUUAUGAUUAUCAAGCCAUUCCUCGUAAUAUGGUCGGGCCAGAAAAGUGAAAACCUUCACGGAAACACAAGAGGCCGCUCCUGAGGUGAAAAGGGCGAAAGCCAGCGCAGUGCUAUCAUCAAUGACAGUACGGGCUUGUUACAGAGCUCUAAAACAAGGAUGAAGAUUUUAAAAGCGACGGCGCCGCAACUGAGAUAACUCAGGGGACGUUUAGCAGAAAGUCCACGGGCUUUAUUCUCGAUGUCUCGGUAUGCGCUACGAAAUGAACGUCAGACAACUUGAAUAUCGACUGAACUGCAGAUGAAUGUUUGUGCCUUAACGCCAAGUGUCCCGGGAUUUGUUGUUGUUGGCUGCUAAUGCUAUCCAUAGAAGUUGCGAGCUAGCUAGCCUAGCAAGCUAAUGGGUAAAGCGAGGAACAAUAAUUAUAUGCAUGUGUUUGAGCUUCUUAAUACUGUCCGGCGAGUAAACCCGAGUUUGUUUAGUUAGCUAAUGGAGCCAACUAACCGUGGCUUCAGUGGCUUGAAAACUGCAGCUUUGGCCAAGCUUACGAAGUUCCAGCGGUAACGUUAGCGUUGGUAGUUAGUUGCCUAGCUUGCCACUUAGCCACCACUAUCUUUGGAAGAAUGAGUAGAAAACACCAUCACAUUAAAGGAGCCGAGGUCAGCUGCUGUGUUAAAUAUUCCUUAUUUGGAUUCAACAUUAUAUUCUGGUUACUGGGAGCAGCAUUCCUGAGCAUAGGCCUGUGGGCAUGGGCAGAGAAGGGCGUGCUGUCCAAUCUGUCAUCCAUCACAGAUCUAGGGGGCUUUGACCCAGUGUGGCUCUUCAUCGUUGUAGGAGGGGUCAUGUUCAUUCUGGGCUUUGCUGGCUGUAUUGGAGCCCUCAGAGAGAACACCUUUCUGCUGAAAUUUUUUUCUGUUUUCCUGGGUUUGAUCUUCUUCUUGGAGCUGACUGCGGGGAUCCUUGCCUUCGUCUUUAAGGACUGGAUCAAAGACCAGCUCAACCUUUUCAUCAACAAUAAUGUCAAGGCCUACCGUGAUGACAUUGACUUGCAGAAUCUCAUUGACUUUGCCCAGGAAUAUUGGUCAUGCUGUGGAGCUCAUGGGCCUGACGACUGGAACCUGAACAUGUACUUCAACUGCAAUGACCUGAACCCCAGUAGGGAGCGCUGUGGAGUCCCAUUUUCCUGCUGUGUCAAAGACCCUGCAGAGGAUGUCAUCAACACGCAGUGUGGUUAUGAUGUUCGACUUCAAGGGGAUCUGCAUCGGCAGAAAUAUAUUUACACUAAGGGCUGUGUGGGACAGUUUGAGAAGUGGCUCCAGGACAACUUGAUCAUUGUAGCUGGAGUCUUUGUUGGUAUUGCACUUUUACAGAUAUUUGGUAUCUGCCUUGCCCAAAACCUGGUCAGUGAUGUCAGAGCUAUCAAAGCCAACUGGUGACAGGAGAGGUGAAGUGAGGGAGCCCUGCACCUCAGGCCCACAGCAGGUCAGCACAGCACACAGUCCCGUCCAGCUGACGACGGAGAACCGAUGACAUUCAAGUCUGUCUGCUUUACCACUGAGCUAAGCAGUACAUACACACUGUCGCACUUGAAAACAAGCAGAGUUUACUUCCCUGUUUACUUUAAUGACAUGAAAGGCGGAGAAGAGAAUAGCCCACGCAGACCAACCAGUCAACAUUUCGUUUACCACUCAGCUGAGAUUUUAGCCCAAAUAUACAGAGGACAGUAGUUUUUUUUUUUAUUUGUUUCUCUUUCCACUGAUUUUCUUCAUGGACAAGUAUAUUUAUGGGGCACAGUUGCACAAGGACUCCUGUCAGCUGGGAGAUUGGAAGCCAUGGACAAUAGUACAAAAAGAAACACAAAGCAAAGAGACAACAAGUCCCUUCUUUAGGUCACAUGUUGUUACAAAGACACUGUCACACACAGUGAAAGGUUGAACCUCUCUAAAAACAGCCUGGUUUUAACAUGCUUUUCCACACAUCGUGUUGUAGGCUGACCAGCUGGCCAGCACACACACACUGAAUCGUUUGCGUGUCAUUUUUCUCUGUCAUGACCUUUUAUGACCUCUGAAAUGACUGAACACUUGUUGGUCAUGCCUGCAACUUUGAAUCAUUUCCAGAGAUUUGAAUUUUAACUUAAAAUGUAAAAAAAAAAAAGUGCCAUUAAUUUUCACAUAUUUUUGUCUUCUUCCUGUCUUUUACUUGGAAUUUCUGCACCCUGCCCCACAAUACCUCAGGGCCCAUCUAAAAAUAUAUGCUUUCUGCCACCGGAUGAAAGCAUGUCUCUUUUCCCAUCAGCGUCUGUUGAAUUUAGAUAGACUAACUUAAUGCAGAAAAACACUAACAGUUCCUCGAACAUCGCCCUGUUUGCCCUGCAGUUAUUGUAUUAUCUGUUGAUUUACUGGAGGAUGUUGUUAGUGUUUAAUGUAUGGAACAGCCUGGUGCGUUUGGAUUUUAGGUCUGUGCUGUACAGGCAAAAGGGUUUAAUUAAUGAGAAUGUUGUUGUUUAUCUCUGAGCAUCCCUCAGGCACAUGGGAUUGCUGGUUUGGGGCCUUUGUUCUUGACUUGUGUUACCACAACUGUCUUAAAUGUUUGUUUUCUACAUUAUGACAGAACUUUAUGUUAGAGGUGUUUCAUCCUUUAUUUGCCCUCCUGUCAUAGAGACAGAUUUCUAUUCUGGGGUCAGUGAUUGAUUUCACCAGGCCCCUGUUUUACCUUUGACCCAUCAGACAACUGCAAAACAACAUCUUGUCAGUGUUGUCAGCAGUCCUAAUGAAGACC